ACAAGAAGCCGCAGUUAGAACAGUUGACUCUUUUUACCCGAAAAAUCCCAACCUUUCCCAUGUCAUUCUGGUUUCUCCAGACACAGAAUUGGCACCCUCCUUUUUCCAUUUCCUCAAAUAUUCCCUUUUGAAGUAUAAAUAUGGCGACAGUGAAGAUUUGCCAGGUCACCUGUUUGGUGUCUCCUUAGAGCUGCCCUCUUCUCGUCCAACCGACGGGAAACCGUUCUCUGUACCAAUGACUAUAUCAAGUCCCAAUCCUUCUAAAGGACGGCUAGCUGAGAUUCCAGCAUUGCUGUGGCAGAUACCUGACAACAAUGCUGUACUAUAUUUUGGAGAUAUGUGGGCAGAAUUUCAGUCGUUCCUGUCCCACCGACUAUCUCCAUCUAUACAAAAGAAAGGAAAGGACGUCCAUAAAGUAAUCUCGAAAUCAUACCCUUCAUGGAUGGACUAUAUGCUUGAAUUCAUGCGUGCUCGUGGUUAUUACCUUGUCUACCCGGCAUUUGCUGCCCAAGAUGAUCUCGCCAUAGCGACGGUCCACAAUGAGCUACACCGACCUCCCGAGGAAUAUGAUGACCCCAACCAAAGACAAGUGAAGUCGAACUUUGAGGAGAAGAAUCUCGCUCAUUCUCCUUCAACCUUGUCUACGUUAUUGGACGUCUAUCCAGGAAUGCUUCCAGACAUCCGCGAGCUUCCAGUACUGCCUUACACAGGGGAACUAACACACGAGGACGAAUCCACAAAUGACCAAGAUUCGUUUCUACAAGCGUUUAGGAAAGAAAUAGGUGGCUGUACCAACAGUGACGAGAAGCCGGAGAGCGUUCCGCUCAAAGCUGAUGAUCUCUUUUGCAAUGAAGAAGAGUUAAUAUCCAAAGAGGGAGUCGAAAUUUCAGAAUAGUAGUUAUUUUAUCCUAUCUAGCGAUGCCCAAAUACUUGUACAUUAGUGGCCAUAUGCCGGAUUUACUGAAUAUAUAUGAAUACAUAACCCUAUCCGUCCUUGAUUCCUUGAUUCUAUUCAUAACACAAUCUAGAUUACGUAAUCAUUCUGAAGCUUCCAGAUCCGAAAGCAAACCAAAAAUGAGCUUCGGAGAACUAGCAAACCGCUGAACAUACAACGCAGAACAACCUACCACACCCGCAAGACAACCACCGCGAGCACUCGAUCUCUAACCUCCUCUGAAAGCUUUGUCAGGUAGGUUUUCAUAGACAGAGCUGCGCUCACUCCUGUAUUUGCACCUCCAUCUUCAACAGUCACUCCCAUGGCGAAGGACGACCUAUCAUCCUCCAGUGCUGGGAAGGGCAAGGCAGAGGACACGAAGGAAAUAAAUGGAGGGAAAAAUGAAGGCAAGGAUGGGAAGCCCGUUAUGAACGGCAAAAAGGAGGAGGAACCUCAAGAAGGUGCGCGCGACUUUGUAUGCAAGCUGUUUUGUGUGAAGUGCUGCCUACUAACUUGCGCGCCAGAGGAACUCAAUGAGGAAGACCAACAGCUUAAAAAUGAACUUGAGAUGCUCGUGGAGAGACUACAGGUAUGUUGGAAUAUUGGAGGCUAAUCUCUUCCAAAGCAGCUGGCACAGUCUUAUGUGAGAUGUGAUAACCUGACUGGCGUGUUUGCAUAGGAACCCGACACAUCCCUUUACAAACCAGCUCUUGAGGCUAUCAAAACUUUCAUUAAGACCUCUACUUCUUCCAUGACAGCAGUACCGAAGCCACUUAAAUUUCUCAGACCACAUUAUGACGAUCUCACCAAGGUAUUCGAUGAAUGGUCGUCUGGUGAUGAUAAGGAUUCCCUCGCGGAUAUUCUUUCAGUGCUAGGAAUGACAUAUGGAGUCGAAGACAAACUAGAAACGCUUAAAUACCGCCUUCUCGCGAAAUCAGACGAUCUUGGAUCCUGGGGUCACGAAUAUAUUCGUCACCUGGCACUGGAAAUAGGCCAGGAAUACCAAAACCGGUUGACCGACGAUAAGGAUGUACAGGACCUUGUGGACCUUUCGUUAUCCCUUGUACCUUACUUCCUUAGCCAUAACGCGGAGGCAGACGCUGUCGACUUGCUCAGUGAGCUAGAGAUGAUCGAGGAAUUGCCCCGAUUUGUUGACGAGAAUACCUACCCGCGGGUUUGUCUUUACAUGGUCAGCAUGGUCAACUUGCUCACAUACCCAGAGGACCAUCAGUUUUUACGCACCGUCCACGACAUUUAUCUCCAAUAUAAGAAGCUUACGCAGGCUAUCGUCAUCGCAAUACGCCUCAAUGACCUUGAACUGAUUCAGAGCGACUUCCAAGAGACAACGGACAAGGCAGUAAAAUACCAAAUGGCAUUUUUAGUUGCUCGUCAACGGAUAUGGCUUGAGCUUGAAGAUGAUGAUAUGCAACUAGCGGAUUGCCUCAACAACAUCGCCCUGCCCACUCACUUCAAGUCCCUCGCAAAGGAACUGAAUAUUCUUGAGCCAAAAAUGCCUGAGGAUAUUUACAAAACUCACCUCGAAAACAACAGAGGAAGCCUUACCAAUGUCGACUCUGCACGACACAAUCUUGCCAGUGCUUUCGUUAAUGCCUUUACCAACGCCGGUUUUGGAAACGAUAAAAUGAUGCUUGUGGACGGGGACAAAGGACCUUGGGUUUGGAAAACGAAGGAUGAUGGAAUGUUGUCAACUGCAGCCUCGCUGGGUAUGCUUCUUCAGUGGGAUGUUGAGGAAGGUUUAAACCAGAUAGACAAGUUCACCUAUGCGGAAGAAGACCAAAUCAGAGCUGGAGCUCUGCUUGGAAUUGGUAUCAUGAACGCAGGUGUGAGAGUCGACUCCGACCCCGCUCUAGCACUUCUCGGAGACUAUGAAAAUCUUGAGAACAAGAGCAUUCCAAUGAGAGUAGCAUCCAUCAUGGGUCUUGGUCUGGCGUAUGCUGGAUCAUGCAAGGAAGAGCUUCUUGAGCUGCUUCUCCCAAUUGUCGAGGAUGUGACUGUCGAUAUGCAAAUUUCUGCCAUGGCUGCUGUGUCUCUUGGUAUGAUCUUUGUAGGUUCAUCCAACCACCAGGUUAGUGAGGCCAUAGCCACCACUUUAAUGGAUGAAGAGCGACAAAAACACCUGAAGGAUAAGUGGACUCGUUUCAUGGCGCUUGGCCUAGCACUCCUCUACUUUGGAAAACAAGAGGAAGUUGAGGUUGUCCUGGACAUCCUUAAGGUGAUUGAGCAUCCCAUGGCGAAGCCAACAUCCGUUCUCGCGUCAGUUUGUGCGUGGGCUGGAACCGGCACAGUCCUGAAACUGCAAGAACUUCUCCAUAUUUGUAACGAGGUUUUUGAGGACAAGGAGGAAAACAAGGGCGAAGAGCUUGUGCAGUCGUAUGCUGUCCUAGGACUGUCUUUGAUUGCCAUGGGCGAGGAGAUCGGCCAGGACAUGGUUCUUCGACAGUUCGGCCAUCUGAUGCAUUAUGGCGCUGCGAACAUUCGAAAGGCAGUUCCUCUUGCCAUGGGACUGAUCAGCCCAAGCAAUCCGCAGAUGAAGGUGUACGACACACUUUCCAGGUACAGUCAUGAUAACGAUAAUGAUGUUGCUAUCAACGCCAUCUUCGCUAUGGGAUUACUAGGAGCAGGCACCAACAACGCUCGUUUGGCACAACUGCUCCGCCAGCUAGCAAGCUACUACCAACGCGAUCAAAACUCAUUGUUUAUGGUCCGUAUUGCCCAGGGACUCCUCCACAUGGGCAAGGGAAGCAUGUCCGUGAACCCUUUCCAUACCGAUCGUCAAGUUCUUUCGAGAGUUGCAGCGGCCGGCCUCUUGACAGUUCUUGUGGCGAUGAUCGACGCUAAAGAUUUUAUCCUGGCUGACUCCCACUACCUCCUCUACUACCUUGUAACCGCCAUGAACCCACGAUUCCUUGUCACUUUAGACGAGGAUCUCAAACCUCUCACUGUCAAUGUUCGUGUUGGUCAGGCCGUCGACGUGGUAGGUCAGGCCGGAAGACCUAAAACCAUCACAGGCUGGCAAACACAAAGCACCCCUGUGCUAUUAUCGUACGGAGAGCGAGCCGAGCUAGAAGACGAAGAGUACAUCUGUCUAAGCAGUACUCUUGAAGGGCUCGUCAUCCUACGAAAGGUUAGUCUACAGAACCCAGCCACCGCUUGCUGAAUUUGAAUUACUAUAUGAACGAUAUGCUAACAAUCUACCCCUUUUUAUAGAAUCCGGAGUGGGAGGAGAGUUCAACAUGAGACGAUACAUGUGACUAGCCCUGUAUGUAUUGUUAAGAUUUAAAUCCAUUAUUUUCUGUCCUCGAUAAAAAUCUGGUUCAUGGGCCUGCGGGAUCUGUCGGCUGUUCCCUGAU